ACUCCCACCAUCUCUUCCCGCCACCCUCAAAUCCUCCCAUUAUCUCUCUCCACAUUCUUUCUCACUCCUCAAAUUUGCAGCUUCUGGAAGCCAUGGAAGCUCAAACGCAAAGCUUGAGGAAGCGAAAACAGCGUUCAUCAUCAGUAGCAGCAGAAGGAAAUUCAAAUCCAUUUGCUGGGAUUUUAACCCGCCAUAAAUCCCAGAAGUUUUUCUUCCACCAUAAUAGAUCUGGAAAAUCUCGCAGAAGCCGGACUUUUCCGUCUUCGCUUACGAACCCUAAAUUGCCCACCACCCAUUAUAGAUCAGCUGAUUGUAAUCUUCAUGAUGUUGCUAUUUGUGACGAAGGUGACGAUUCGAUUUGCCAUGGUUCGAUCAAAGAUCUUCGAGCUCGGAGAGUUUUCUCGAAGCCCUUUGAAUUGGAAUCCGCGGGUAAGAUUCAAGACGGUAGAGCCGGUAAGAUUGCAAACCCUAAUCUUGAUUCUGAGUUGAUUGAUGUUAAAUUGGAUGAAUGUGAUGUUAAAUCGGAUGGAAAUGAUGUUUUUUGUGGAAACCCUAGUUUGUCGGUGAUGGGGAAAUGUGAUUCAGGGGAUGAAUUGAAAGGGGAGCGUUUAGAUAGUGGAAACCCUAAUUCGGUAAUGUCAAAAAAUUGCGACGAUUCUGGGGCUGAAUUGAAGGUGGAUUUAAAUGGUGGAAACCCUAAUUUGUCAGUUGAAGGUAUUGGCGCCAAGGAUGAUUUUGGAGGCCCGGUUUCUGAUUGUAUGAGCCCUGGUUUAAGUAGUAAGGUUUUGAAGGGUAGGAAUGGUGAACAUUGUGAGGAAGAUGUGCAGACAACGCCUCCGGAUGCUGUGAUUUUGGUUAGGCAGAGUGAAGAUCAAAGUGUCUUGCAAAGCAGAAGUGCUGAUUCGAGGUCACCACCAAAGAAAAUCAGCCCUAGUAAAGGUGGAAGUGCUCAACCGAAAAAGAGUUUUCCUUCUUCCAGGAGAAAUUUGGGUUUGAAUCCAUGCUCGAGGCUGAAGGUAUUUCAGGCCACGAAUUCAUUCAGCUACAAGAGAAUGCUACCCUUCCUAAAGGAUUUAGAGAAGGAUACACCACGUGCACCAAAAGUUACUCCAGACAUUAAAAUUGGGACCAGCGUUGAAGAAAAGCCUCUAGAUUUUUCUACUCAGGAAAGUAAUGUUGAUUGCCCUAAAGUGGAUGAAAAGCCACCUGCAACUCCAGUUUCUUGCAAUCCUCUGGAAAUGAAUGUUGAUGGUAAAGAAGAAGAAAAUCUUAGUUUGGACUGUAAGACUAAUACUUCCAAUCUUCAGCAAGAUGCUCCAUGUACCCCCAUUGACUGCUCUUUGGAAAAGAGCCAAGAAAACCCAGUAUCUGAUGCAAGUCAAAUGGGAACCCCUGUAACAGGUGAUCCCGAAAAUGACAGUGCUUCUCCUGAUAGACAGGUUUCAUUGGAUAAUUUAGGGAAUUCAGAAGACAUCAAUCCAAUCGUUGAAUCUGAUCUUGUUCUCACAUUGCACAGCCCAAAGAGAAGUUCUGAACCUUCAAGCGAAGAUGCCAUAUUAAAUACUCCUUCUCAUAUAAACUCCAAAUCAGAAGAAAGUUUGAUUAGUGUGUUUCAGAGCUCAUCUAAACCGGAAGCAGUUGUUUCUCCAGUUGUUCCUAGUUUUGGUCUAGCCAAAGGAAUCCUGAUGAGAAAUCCCAGGGGAUGUCGUGGUAUAUGCAACUGCUUGAACUGUGCUUCAUUCCGUUUAAAUGCAGAAAAGUCAUUUGAGUUUUCUAGGAAUCAGUUGCUUGAUGCUGAAGAACUUGCCAUGGACUUGAUGAAGGAGAUGUCAAAUCUGCGAUGUAUGUUAGAAAGAUGUGUUAAUGGAGCCGAUCAUAAUGCUAUUCUACCAGCUGAUCAGGUUGAGGAAGUUUGCAGAAGAGCUUCCCACGCAGAGGAUACUGCAAGAAGUCGCCUUAAGCUAAUGAAUGAAGAUCUCCAUGUUCAUUGCAGAACCAAGCCUUUGCAGCGUCCCCUGGUGAACUUCUCAAGCUCCGUCCAAGAAAAGAUCACAGGAGUAACUAAAAAACCUAGCAAGAUAACCAAAAAGUCUUGACAAGAAUAUUGGACUUCUGAUUAGCAACAUUCAUAUGAGUCAGUAAAUUAGUACUUUUGAUCCCUUUAAGAACCUUUCUGUUCCCUCUAGUGGGAAAUGUUGUUAUAUUUCAUGAUUGCCCCUGCCUGAAGAAAAGGGAGGAUCAUAUUUGUUGCAAAAUAGAGGAUACAUGUGUUGGAUCGCUUAAUGAAACAGUGAUUGUUAAAUAUUUCUGUAUUGUGAGUGAAGACAAGAUAUAUGACAAACUCCCUGGAGAAUAUUGUUACCCUAUAACCCAA